AUGAGUGCUAAGCUAUUUUUUUGGAAUGUCCGUGGCAUUAAUGAGCCGGACAAGCACAGGCCUUUUGUUUCUUGGCUUCAAUGCCAUAAGCCUUUAUUCGGAGCUAUUCUCGAAACUCAUGUUAAAGAACCUUAUUUGAAACCUCUUUUAGCCCAUCUUUGCCCUGGCUGGUCCUUCUGUUCUAACCACUCUGCUGAUCCUGACGGGCGUAUCAUCAUCAUUUGGAGAGAUACAGUCAGAGUCAGUGUUGUCUCUCAAUCUCGACAAUGCAUCACUUGUUUGCUGACUAUCCCUAACUCCCCACCGUUCUACUAUUCUGCGGUUUAUGCUUCUAAUCUUGGUGAAGAGAGAGCAGAUUUAUGGGUGGAGCUGAUAAACCUGGAGGCAACUCUAAAUCUGGAUGCUCACUGCUGGUUUGUGGGGGGAGACUUUAACCAAAUUCUACACCCCAAUGAGCAUUCUGGACAUGAUGGAUCUGGUCCCGAUACUCAAAUGUACCAAUUCCAAGAUUGCCUUCUUCAAGCUGGGAUCUUUGAUCUUAGAUACCUGGGGCCUAGUCAUACUUGGUCAAACAAGCAGCCGUCUGAUCCUAUAGCCAAGAAGCUUGAUCGGUUACUUGUCAAUAGCCCCUCCAUUUCUGCUUUUCCUAACGCCACAGCUACCUUCCUUCCUCCCCUUAUCUCUGACCAUGCACCCUGUAUCCUUGACUUAGCCUAUACCUUGCCCAUUGCUGGUACCAAACCCUUUAAAUUUCCCAACUAUCUCACAAAGCACCCCAACUUCGUCCAGCUAAUGCAAUGUGCCUGGAUUCAAGCCGGAACCGAAUGUCAGACUCUGACCCAAUUAUGUUGGAAACUAAAACAGAUAAAGAGAGAUCUCAAAAAAAUAAACAGAGAGAAUUUUUCUAAUAUUCAGGAGAGAGUUUCUGAAACUUACAGUUUGUUGCAAAGUGUGCAGGUACUAGCGCUUCAAUCCCCUUCGGAACAGACCUUCCAAGCUGAGAGAGAUUUACAUCAGAAAUGGUCCUUCCUGCGUUGCAUUGAAGAAAUUUAUUUUAGACAAAAAUCUAGGAUAAAUUGGCUUAGAGAAGGGGAUCUCAAUACUACUUACUUUAUGCGGAUCUGUCAAGUCAGGGCUAGCUAUAACGCUAUUCGAGCUUUCAUGACUCCCUCAGGCAUCUGGAUAACAGACCCAAUAGAGAUGAGUAUUCAUGCUGUGUCGCACUUUGGUUCUGUCCUUUCUCCGUCCUCUCUCCCUUGCUCAAGAGUUUACUCGCCACCAGACUGGUUUUUGGACUUGACUGGAUUUCGCGUUUCUGCAGAAACUGCUCAGCUUAUGCUCUCUGUGCCAACACAAUCCGAGAUUCAGGCAAUGUUUUUCAGGCUUAAUCCUAAUAAGGCUCCAGGGCCAGAUGGUCUAACCUCAGGGUUCUUCAAGGGAGCAUGGUCAGUUGUUGGUGAGGAAACUACUGCGUCUAUAUUGCACUUCUUUGCCUGA